AUGGGAGAUACACUAUCAUUUCUGAUAUAUUUUCAUAAUUUAGAUUACUAUAAUCCAGUCGUUGGCGAUCGCGAAGUUGUUCGGUGCGGCCGCGGUCACGAUGGCCACCGUACUAGGGUUUAUAGUUCUAACUGCAGCCUGUUUAGCAGCCGACGCGUUCCCAGACAAACCACUUCCGUACAGAAACACCAUAUUCGGGGACGAGAAACUGGAAGGUGAAGUCUUCGAAGAAGUAGACGCAUUCAACAGUAUCACUCUUUAUAACACUGCUGACAAUCCAUACCGCUUACCUCGAACGACUUUUCCUGUACAUUACAAUGUCGAUUGGACUAUCAAUCUACCCGACCCGAGAAAUUUCUCUGGCACCGUGAAGAUAUACUUGCAGGCCUCUUCGUAUUUUAACAAUGAAAUUGUGCUUCAUGCUCACGACUUGAACAUAAAUUCUGUGAAACUAGAACUAAAUUCAGAAGAAGUGGUUCAAACGUACACAGUUGAACCGGAAUUUCAUUUUCUCCGCAUAAGACCCGUGGCUGGACCGCUGCUCUAUAACUGGACCAUUCCAAUCACAUACGAACUCACCAUUGAUUUUGAGGCACCGUUGAGGGAUGACAUGUAUGGCAUUUAUCAAAGUUGGUUCAGAAAUAAUUACACUGAUGCUGAAAGUUGGAUGGCAUCAACGCAGUUCCAAGCUACGGCCGCUCGAUUCGCUUUCCCCUGUUAUGACGAGCCAAGUUUCAAGGCGACAUUUAACAUAUCCAUAACCCGCCCUGCGAACUACCAUAGCUGGUCGUGCACAAGGCAACAAAUGACCGUAGACAGUGAUCUGCCGGGAUACCAAACGGAUAUUUAUUAUCCCACACCUAUUAUGUCAACAUAUCUAAUAGCGUUGAUUGUGGCUGAAUACCAAUCGGAGCCAGUGAAUGGUACUAAUCCCGAAACAAAUGAAGAGGUGUUACAAUAUGAAGUUAUCGCCAGACCAGGGGCGAUGAGGGAAGGCCAAGGAGAAUAUGCUUUAGAAAUGGGACAAGAUCUUUUGGCCGAAAUGAGCAAUCACACCGAUAUGGACUUUUUCGGUGUCCAUCAAUACAUAAAAAUGACACAGGCUGCUAUACCUGACUUCGGUGCAGGUGCUAUGGAAAAUUGGGGUUUACUCACAUACAGGGAAGCAUAUUUGAUGUAUGAUGAAAAUCACACGAAUGGCUACUUCAAACAAUUGAUCGCUUACAUUCUGUCCCAUGAAAUUGCCCACAUGUGGUUUGGUAAUCUAGUAACUUGCGAUUGGUGGGAUUCCCUAUGGCUUAACGAAGGCUUUGCUCGAUACUAUCAGUACUUCCUGACUCAUUGGGUAGAUCCGAAUUUGGGUCUUGGCUCCCGCUUCAUCCCGGAACAGGUCCACACGGCACUACUCAGUGAUUCGUCUGACAAUCCACACCCGCUGACAAAUCCAGGAGUGGGCAGUACUAGCGCUGUCAGCGCCAUGUUCUCUACAAUCAGCUACAACAAGGGAGCAGCCAUCAUCAGAAUGACAGAACAUUUAAUGGGUAGCGAUAAUCACCGCCAUGGCCUACGAAAAUAUCUGAGAAAUAGGGAAUUCCAAACUGCCCGCCCCAUUGAUCUCUUUGAAGAUCUUGGUGAAUCUGCUAACGAAAGCGGAGCUCUCGCUGCCUACGGUCCAGAAUUUAAUAUCGUAGACUAUUACAAAACAUGGACUGAACAAGGAGGACACCCGGUACUCAAUGUGGCGGUGAACCACCAAACUGGCAUCAUGACCGUCUCCCAGCGUCGCUUCAACAUUAACAGUGGUUACUCUACGGCUAGCAGUAACUGGAUCAUUCCUGUGACAUUUGCUACGGCAAGCAAUCCCGAUUUCGAGGACACCAAACCUACUCAUAUUAUUUCUGGAACUUUGGCUUUCAUCGAUCGCAACAGCACCGGUGAUGAGUGGGUAGUCUUCAAUAAGCAGCAAACUGGUUUUUACCGAGUUAACUAUGACGAUUACACAUGGGAUCUCAUCGUGAUGGCACUGAGAGGACCUAACAGAACCAGCAUCCAUGAGUAUAACAGAGCCCAGAUCGUCAACGACGUCUUUCAAUUUGCUCGGAGUGGCCUCAUGAACUACACCAGGGCGUUCAACAUUCUGUCAUUCCUCCAAAAUGAAGACGCGUACACUCCUUGGGUGGCUGCAAUUACUGGCUUCAACUGGAUCAACAACAGGGUGAUAGGAACACCCAUAGAAAGUCGAUUAAACCAAAUGUUCAUGGGAUGGGCUUCAAACGUGAUGGGCCAACUAACGUACGAUGUUCCUGCUAAUGAGACAUUUAUGAGGUCCUACUUGCGCUACCAGCUUGCUCCAGUGAUGUGCCGACUUGGCAAUAAUGAAUGUCUGCAAGCCGCAACGGAACAGUUCACAAAUCUGACUCAAAAUGGUCAAGAAGUGGCAGUGGAUAACCGCAACUGGGUGUAUUGCAAUGCCCUCCGUCAGGGCGGUUGGUCAGAAUUCGAGUAUCUUAGUAAUAGGUUCUUGCAACAUAACGUCUACACCGAGAAGAUCCAAAUUUUGAUGAUUUUGGGAUGCACAAAGAAUGCGACAGCAUUGAAUUUGUUCUUGGACGAUAUCGUUGAAGAAAAUUUCAUCAUUCGAAAGCAAGACUACAAUACUGCUUUUAACUCUGCCCUCACUGGAAACGAAGAGAAUACAGCCAUCGUUUUCGAAUACAUACAAAAUAAUACUGCAGCGGUUAUCGAUGCGUUUGGUUCCUUGGCAUCACGCCUUAGUGCCGUCGCGUCUCGACUCAGGACUCCGGAGAAAGUUAGAGAGUUCCGCGAAUGGGCAACCAACAACCAAGCUCUCCUAGGAGCUGAAUUCCAGGCAGUAUAUAACGCUGCCGAGAGCUCUAUCAGCGCCAUAGAGUGGGCUGACGACAACCUUGAAGACUUCGACAAUUACUUAAAUGUUGGCGAUCAACCACUGACAUCUAGUACUCCCGCUCCCAUCAUCACUACUCCUCCAUGGACAAUGACUGUACCCAACAUUCAGGCACCAACGACUCCUGAUCUACCUGAUCUACCUGAUUCAGCUAACACUAGUUUCUUAUCAUUCAUAGCCAUUUCAUUUGCUUUAAUUGUUAAAUUUAUAUUCUAACUUUAUUUCUUUAGUGACUUCUUUCGCAUAAACAAUAUUGAUAUAAACAAGGCGUCAUACCAAGCAGAACAUUAAGACAGCUAAAUAAAAUCACAAACUAAUUGAAAUAAUAUUUUAUUAUAUUAUACCUUUUAAUGAAAACAAGGCUGUUUAAUUUGUGAUUUCGGUGUCGUUGAUGUGUGUGUACAUAAUAGUAUAAAAGAAAAUAUUUUUAUAAUUUAUUAUAAUAAAAUAUUUUACAACAUGA